CCGCCACAGCCCCGGCGCGUGGAACGCGUCCCUCCCGUGAUUGGCUGCCUGCACAGCAGGCCCCGCUCGCCUCGGCUCCCUAUUGGUCAGUUUAGCUCCGGUGCUGCUCGCGCCUCGGGCCGCCAGGGGGUGCGCGUCCCCGCGGGCCGGCGGGCCGGCACCGCGCAUGCGCCGCCGUCCCGUGGCCUCUCGCAGCCUGUCCCCGCCGAACCCGCAGCCCGGUCUCGCGCCAUGGCGGCCGCCGCCGAGGAGCCGUUCCCGUUCCACGGGCUCCUGCCCAAGAAGGAGACCGGCGCCGCCGCCUUCCUCGCCCGCUUCCCCGACUUCGACGGGCGGGGGGUGCUGCUGGCCGUGCUGGACACCGGCGUGGACCCCGGGGCGCCGGGCAUGCAGAUUACAACUGAUGGGAAACCGAAGAUAAUUGAUAUAAUUGACACUACGGGCAGUGGUGAUGUAACAACAUGUACCAUUGCAGAACCUAAAGAUGGAGAAAUUAUUGGUCUUUCUGGAAGAACUUUAAAAAUUCCAGCAAACUGGAUAAAUCCUUCAGGCAAAUAUCACAUUGGCAUAAAAAAUGGCUAUGAUAUCUAUCCUAAAGCUCUUAAGGAGAGGAUUCAGAAAGAGCGCAAGGAAAAGCUCUGGGAUCCUGCUCAUAGACUGGCUCUAGCAGAGGCCUGUAGGAAACAAGAAGAAUUCGAUGCUGCUCAUAGCUCUCCCUCACAGAUAAAUAAGCUAAUAAAGGAAGAACUUCAAAAUCAAGUGGAAUUGUUGAAUUCUUUUGAGAAGAAAUACAGUGAUCCGGGCCCAGUAUAUGAUUGUGUAGUGUGGUAUGAUGGUGAGACUUGGAGAGCCUGCAUAGAUACCAGUGAGAGUGGUGAUUUAACUAACUGUACAGUGCUGAGAACCUACAAAGAGGCUCAGGAAUAUGGAUCUUUUGGGACAUCUGAGAUGUUGAAUUAUUCUGUGAAUAUAUAUGAUGAUGGAAAUCUCCUUUCCAUUGUGACAAGUGGAGGAGCACAUGGAACGCAUGUGGCUAGUAUUGCAGCUGGAUACUUUCCAGAAGAACCAGAACGAAAUGGUGUGGCUCCUGGAGCUCAGAUUCUUGCAAUCAAGAUUGGUGAUACAAGACUAAGUACAAUGGAAACUGGCACUGGUCUAAUAAGAGCUAUGAUAGAAACAAUAAAAUACAAAUGUGAUCUUGUCAACUACAGCUAUGGAGAAGCAACACACUGGCCAAAUUCUGGGAGAAUUUGUGAAGUGAUUAAUGAAGCAGUGUGGAAACACAAUGUAAUCUAUGUUUCAAGUGCAGGAAAUAAUGGUCCUUGCCUUUCUACAGUUGGAUGUCCUGGUGGAACUACAUCUAGUGUAAUAGGUGUUGGUGCCUACGUGUCACCUGACAUGAUGGUUGCUGAAUACUCUUUGAGAGAAAAACUGCCAGCCAAUCAGUACACUUGGUCAUCCAGAGGGCCUAGCACUGAUGGAGCCCUUGGAGUAAGUAUCAGUGCCCCAGGAGGUGCUAUUGCUUCAGUUCCAAACUGGACUCUGCGAGGAACACAACUCAUGAAUGGCACAUCCAUGUCUUCUCCCAAUGCAUGUGGAGGCAUUGCAUUAGUAUUGUCAGGACUCAAAGCUAAUAAUGUUCAUUACACUGUUCAUUCUGUUAGAAGAGCAUUGGAAAAUACUGCAGUGAAAGCUGAAAACAUAGAAGUAUUUGCACAAGGACAUGGUAUUAUUCAGGUUGAUAAAGCCUAUGACUACCUCAUUCAGAAUUCAUCAUUCACAAGUAACAUCGGCUUCACAGUUACUGUCGGCAGCAACCGUGGAAUCUACCUCAGAGAUCCAGCCCAGAUAGUGGCACCAUCUGAUCAUGGGGUUGGCAUAGAACCUGUCUUUCCUGAGAAUACAGAAAACACUGAAAGAAUAUCUCUCCAGCUUCAUUUAGCUUUAACUUCAAAUGCACCAUGGGUCCAGUGUCCUAGUCAUUUAGAACUCAUGAACCAGUGUCGACACAUAAAUAUUCGUGUAGAUCCACGUGGCCUGAGUGGAGGAGUACAUUAUACAGAGGUGUGUGGAUAUGAUACAGCAAUGCCUAAUGCAGGCCCUUUGUUCAGAGUUCCAAUCACUGUUGUUAUACCGACAAGAGUAGAUGAAUCAUCAAGCUAUGACCUGACAUACACAGAUGUUCAUUUUAAACCUGGUCAGAUCCGAAGGCACUUCAUUGAUGUUCCCCAGGGAGCUACAUGGGCGGAAGUGACAGUGUGUUCAUGUUCAGCUGAUGUGACUGCCAAGUUUGUGCUUCAUGCUGUUCAGCUUGUGAAGCAAAAAGCAUACAGAAGUCAUGAGUUCUACAAAUUUACAUCCUUACCAGAAAAAGGCUCAGUGAUUGAAGCAUUUCCUGUCUUAGCUGGAAAAACCAUUGAAUUUUGUGUUGCUCGGUGGUGGGCAAGCCUUAGUGAUGUUAGCAUUAAUUACACAAUUUCUUUCCAUGGCGUACUUUGUGGUGCUCCUCAGCUAAACAUGCAUGCUUCAGAAGGCAUCGUACGGUUUGAUGUUCAGUCCCUGUUGAAAUACGAAGAUAUUGCUCCUUGCAUAAAUCUGAAAAGCUGGGUUCAAACGCUCAGACCAGUGAGUGCAAAAAUAAAACCUUUGGGAUCCAGAGAUAUUUUACCGAAUAAUCGUCAACUGUAUGAGAUGAUUUUGACCUAUAACUUCCAUCAGCCUAAGAGUGGAGAAGUAACUCCAAGCUGUCCACUUCUUUGUGAAUUGUUGUAUGAAUCUGAAUUCGAUAGUCAGCUCUGGAUUAUUUUUGACCAGAACAAAAGACAAAUGGGUUCAGGAGAUGCCUAUCCACACCAGUAUUCUGUGAAACUGGAAAAAGGAGAUUACACUAUUCGGUUACAAAUUCGUCAUGAGCAGAACAGUGAGCUGGACCGCAUCAAAGACCUGCCAUUUAUUGUUUCUCAUAGGCUGUCUAGUACCUUGAGCUUAGAUAUUUAUGAAAACCAUAGCCUUGCUCUCUUAGGGAAGAAGAAAUCCAACAGUUUGACAUUACCACCAAAACAUAGUCAGCCAUUCUUUGUUACAUCCCUGCCAGAUGACAAAAUACCUAAAGGAGCAGGACCAGGAUGUUAUCUUGCAGGAAGUCUUACUCUGUCUAAAACAGAACUUGGAAAGAAAGCAGAUGUCCUUACUGUUCAUUAUCAUUUGAUACCAUCACCAUCAAAGAGUAAAAAUGGCAGCAAAGAGAAAGAAAAAGAACAGGAAAAAGAAAAAGAUGCAAAAGAAGAAUUUGCUGAAGCUUUAAGAGACCUAAAAAUACAGUGGAUGACCAAGCUGGAUACGACAGAUAUGUACAGUGAGUUGAAAGAAGCAUUUCCUAAUCAUCUUCCUCUGUAUGUUGCAAGACUUCAUCAGCUGGAUUCUGAAAAGGAACGAAUGAAAAGGCUUGAUGAAAUCGUUGAAGCUGCAAAUACAGUAAUCUCUCAUAUUGAUCAAACAGCAUUAGCAGUAUAUUUUGCCAUGAAGACUGAUCCCAGGCCUGAUGCAACUACUAUAAAAAAUGAAAUGGAAAAACAGAAGAGUACUUUAGUGGAUGCACUUUGUCGAAAGGGAAGUGCACUGGCUGACCAACUUCUUCAUCUGCAGACCCAAGAAGGGGCUGCUUCCAGUGAUGCAGAAGGCAAAGAUGAGGAUCAUGAAAGCUGCUCAGAAGCUUUGACAGAGACAUUCUGGGAAACAACAAAAUGGACUGAUCUUUCUGACAGCAAGGUUUUGACUUUUGCCUAUAAGCAUGCAUUGGUAAAUAAAAUGUAUGGAAGAGGGCUCAAGUUUGCCACAAAACUUGCAGAAGAAAAGCCAACAAAGGACAACUUAAAAAACUGCAUUCAGCUAAUGAAGUUGCUUGGAUGGACUCAUUGUGCAACUUUCACUGCAAACUGGCUUCCUGUCAUGUAUCCACCUGAUUACUGUGUAUUCUAGAGAAUCAGCAAUUAAAAUUAAAAUGAUUUUAUAUGGGACAGGAUAGGAAAAGAGAAGUUUGACUUUUUGUUCGAGCGCAUGUUUUCGUUACUGAAUGCUGAUUAUUAAAUUGUGUGUAUUUAUCAGUAAAGGCACCUGGGUAUGGCUUAAUACCUGUUAACCUAACUCCUGUCAUCAGGGAGUUUCCUUAUUGUGCAUCCCAUUGCUGGCAAUGGAUGUGCCAGAACUGCCAACAUCAAGGAUUUGGAAUUAGUUUGGAAAGAAUUACUGCAUGCAUGUUAUGUUCUGAAUUGUUACUUUAAACUGCAAACCUGUAAAAGUUCUGUAUUUUUUAUGGUACACUGAAUUUUAACAUGUUUGAUCUUAAUUUCAAUUGUAUGAAGGCCUUAAAGCUACUUCAAGAGUAGCUAAAAUCUUACUUAUUAGAUGAAAGUAAUGGACACCUGUAUUGUUUGCAAGAGUUUACAUUUAAUGUUUUUAAGAAAAAUUCAACCUCUCAAAUGGUUACAUUGUUUUUUGGAAUUGCUGAUGCAUAGGUACUCCUGUAAAUUUUCAAAACUCUUCAUUUUGGAGUGAUUUCAGGCAAACUCAGAAAUCCUGGUGAAGCUGUGUAUCAGGACAGGCUGAUCCAUGUAUAAAAGUGCCAGACAGUUACAUAUUGAUCAGAUAUUGUAAAGCUAUACAUAGAUGUUUAUUAAUAACACAGCAGAAUACAUGUGCAAAGUUGGAGAUCAAAAUACCACCAUGUUCACUCUGAUACUUUAAAAGAUUUUUAUAAUUAAUAAAAAUACUGAAGCUAAAAAUUGCAUUGGUUUCUGGAUGAGUACCUAAAUAAAACUUGCUGAAAGAAAGCAGCUUAGAAACAGCAGAGGUUCAGUGCAGCCCAGAAGAUCAAUGCUUUUUGAUAAAGCCUUCUUACUGACAUUGUUCCUUCAGUGGAGGGGGAAUUGGUCAGUUUGAACAGGUCAUAUUUAUCAACCAGAGAUAAACUGCUAUAUCUUUUGCCUUGCUGGUUUUUUUUAUACUUGCAAUGCAAAACUUAGAUGCCACUUUACAACCAUAAAUGCUCAGAAGGUGUAACAUAAUCUUGGAAAGUAUUCCAAUCUGUGAGGUGCUGCCACUAAAUCAAGAUCAGUAAUAGUUUUCUCUUUAAUUCUUUCUUACUGUGGCUUUAAGCAGUUUGACAUUAGAUUCUGGAAAUUCUGCUAGAAUGGUUGUGUUAAAUAUAUUGCAAACUUUUUCCAAAAAUUCGUAGUCUGUACUGAAUCUGAAUUUAUUUGCCCAUAGCAAUACUGUUCCUGGCUUACAAAAGUACACCAUUGUUGCUAGCAGGGGGUCCAGAGCUCCAUGAUGGUACACAACAUCAGUUGCCAGUAUGAAAUCGUAAUGGUAUGUUGAUAGAGGAAAGUCUUCAUUGAGGCCUUCUCCCCAUACCAGUUUUCUCACUUCAGGCUUGUGCAUAUUCAAGUUCUGUGUAUUUCUCGAAAUAUUAUAUGAGAGAUUUUCAAGAACUUCAGGCAAAUCAGUGGCUGUAACAUGAGCUCCUAAAGAAAACAUGAGUUUGUUUCAAGUCACAGAAUCACUAAGGUUUGAAGAGACCUUCAAGAUCAUCUGUCCACCCAUGAACGCAGCACUACCAUAAUCACCCCUAAACCAUAUCCCCAAGUCCCACAUCCAGACACCUCUUGAAUGCUUCCAGAGACAGUGACUCCACCACUUCCCUGGCCAACUUAUUCCAAGACUACCGAAACACCCUUUCCGUAAAAUAAAAGAAAAAAUCCUAAUACCAAAUCUGAGCUCCCCUGUAAAACUUGGGGCUGUUUCCUCUCUCACUUGAGACAGGGCAAAAUUCAUAGGUAUCUAGUUGUACAUGUAUAAAGCUUUAUCUGUGUAACUGGUCCAGCCUCCCUCUCCCCCAUAACUAAGGUCAUUUAGUUAACAAAACAGUAUUUUACAAUGUUUUUCAUUAAAAAAAAAAAAAAGCAGCAACAAAAAAACCUGAACAGUGACAAAGUUUACUUCAGCUGUUGUUUCAUUGCCUUAAAGUGACAAUGGCAGAGCUAGAUCAUCGUUUACUAGAAAUUCAAAAGGAAAUAAAAAAUUACCAACCUAAGAUACAGGCCACAAUAGAAAGCAAGCCUGUUCCAGCACCAAUUUCCAAAACUUUUUUGUCUUUGAGGUUGAAUUGUUCUUGAUUUGAUUCCAGAUACUGAGAUAAAGCCAGUGCCUGAAAUGGUUAACACAUAUCCGUAAGAGGGUAACAGCUAAGUUGCACAAAAAUUCAUUAGAUGUUUUUAUACAAGGGUGUUGUGUUUUUUUAGUAUAAUGAGAAACACUGAAGGGUAUAACAAAAAAAAAUGUAAGAUGGGAAGAAUUGUGAUGUAUCCUGUUUUUUUAUAUGAAAAAACCUAAAGCAGUUUAUUUUUAGUUUUAUGUGAUACUGAUUUCCUACACACUUCUACAUGAGUCCUCUGACAGCUCAAGACAGAAUCACAGAAUAAGGUGAGUUGAAAGGGACCCACAAGGAUAGUCAGUGUUAGGAUUUGAACCAUACAGGCAUAACAACGGAGUUUUAACAAUAUGUAGGAGUAAUGUUCUGGUUUAUUAUCAUCAAUGUUAUGCUGUACUACCGCUAUCAUAAAGUAAAUUUAGGCUUCAGCAGAGAUUUUUGAAAUUUUUUCUGUCUCAAUUUUUUUAGCAAAGAAAAUACUGAAAAUUGGUUAUUUACAAACUUGACACUUGUUUAUUGAUAAUAGUAUAAGCUUUGAAAAAAACAAAACAGCACUGUAUGAAAAUAUUAUCAGGCCUUUGUAAAGAUUUUGUCAGUAGAAUAUAAGUGGGCUGUUUAUUAACAACAUAAACUGAUGCCAAAGAAACUGUCUUCCCCUUUUUGCUUCUCUUCUUUAGGAUUGUGUUACUGUUUUAACUCUUGUGCUUUUCAUUAUGCAACACGGUCUACCUGCUCUGGGAAAGCUGACAGCUAAUGAAUCACUGGUCCAAUUUGUGCAACCUCUCAAUUUUCUUGGAGAGUUUUACCAUCUGCAUUCUGACACUUGAUUAAUGUGCAAAUUGAUGAUCUGACAUUUCAGAAUAAGAUCCUGUUUCACCCACCCAUAUGCUCUCUAUUGUUUUAAAAUUGUCUGCCAUUUUCUUGUGAGCUUUUUAAAUAAAUGUGGAUCUGAAAAAUUUUAAAA